UUUAUUUUUCCAUUUUCAAUGUUUAUACUGAUAAAUAUAGAAGUUUAUAAUGCUAUGUAAAAAUUUGAGAGUCAAAUAUCAAGUUAUAAGCAAGUUACAGAGUUCAUAAUCCUUUGUUUUGUAAACAAGGCUCGAAUAUUGUCAUUUUUACAUAUGUGUUGUAUUGGUGUAAGUUUCAAUCAAAUUUAUCUUUCUUUUGUUUAUAAUGGUAUUUAUGAAGAUACUGAAUUAGUUUAAAUUGGUUUUUUGCAUGUCAUUUUGUCUAAGAAAUGGUAAUUCUCUACAAUACAUUUUUUGUAAACAACUAUAAGCAUGAUAAGACUCGAGCUUUGUUUACAUUACAACCAAUUCUUACCUCUGUAUCUCACUCGUAACUUGACUUUAACAUUCAAUAAUUUGGUCAAUCAUUUAAAAUGCACCAGUAAACCAUUUUAUACAUAAAAAAUAAAAAUAAAAUUUUUGAUCUCAAAUCGUGUCCAAGUCCCUUUAAAGGAAAAAGCAGUUACCAUAAUCAUGCCACCAUCACCUACAAAAACCUUGAAGGAUGCAAUGUCAUCGCCUGUUAGAGAAAUCCUGACUGUUCAAGGGCAAAUUAUUCGUGAUGAAGCAAUCAAAACAGUGAAAGUUGCCCAGAAGGACACUAAGAUUAGAGCAUUGACCUUAGAAGAGAAUGGACAGACAAUGGAACUAACUCUUUGGAGAGAGCUGAGUGAACAAGACUUGAAGAUAGGGCAAUACAUUGAAGUUACUCAUUGUCUUGUAUCUGAAUGGCUCAGAAAGAAGAGUCUUAACUCCACAAGAAACACCACCAUCAAGGCUGUACAACGUAAAGAUAUGGUUGUAACUGGAAAUGUCGAACCUCUGUCAAUGACGGACACCCACUGUGAAAUGUGUGUCAAGGAAGAUGACAUAUAUAAAGACUUUAUUGUGGAUCUGGACAAAGUUCGUGCCCAAGUUCAAAGAUAUGUGGAAGAAGCCGGAACAUUAAACUUACAACAGCUAGAAAAUAUGAUUGUUGACAAACUUCUCUUCCCUGUGAAGCUUGUCAUCAACGGCACAACAGUCAUUUCCUUUGAAUUGUUAUAAACACUUGCCAACAUUCCUACAUUUGAACCAUAUCAAAAUAAAUACUUUUUGUAAGAACUGUUAAAUUACUAUAAAAAAAAGUCAGUAUGAUUAUUGAUUAGCUAUCAUGACAUCUCUUCAAAUUGACAUUUGCAAACAGGCUUAUUGAAUUUGUAAUAUUUCACUUACCUUAUUUUUACCUUUUCUGAAACACCAUAACUGUAUAUAGAUCUAGUUUAAUUUCUGGUUGUAAAUAUUAAAUGAGCAAAUGCAAACAGCAACUGUUUACAGAAAUACCGGCACAUGCUUUUCUAACUUUGCAUGCACACAGUGGUUAUACAAGUUAAUUAAUUUUGUUAACUUUGAUAGUUAGUCUACUUUUAUUGUUUUUGUUUCAAAAAACCAUAUGACCCUUUCAUCCAAUCUUUAUUUGGGAUAUACAGAUUGAUUUCUGUUAAUUAUGUUGGUUUUUACUUUACUUUUCCCAUUUUAGUAAUAUUCUUACUUGAUGCAUAUUGUUAGUUUUACCGUAGUUGUAUUUUUGUUGUUUUCAUCUUCAUAACCAUAUAACUCAAUUGUUCAGUCUAUAAGAGACAUUCACAUAUGGUUAUUUCUUUGACAUAGAUAUAUAGUGUGUUUAUAUAUAGAACAUGUUUGUUUAUACUUUACUUUUUUUGUUUCUGAUACUACCCUUACUUGAUGCAUAUUCUAGUAGUUUAGUUAUAGUUUACAUACACAGCACAAAAUCUAAGCAAUAAUUAUCUUGCUGAAAGUGAAAUGUAUUGCAACUUGAUCACGAAAUACACUACAGACUAUAAUCUCUGCAUGCCAUUUUACAAUUCAUCCAUUUCUUUCUUUGAAAUGUGUACAUGUUCUAAAUAUGAAAAGAACAUACUGCCAAAUAAUUUGUGCCAAAUUUUCAUUGCCAUUGUCAAUAUACCAGUUGACAUUCAGUUCAUCUUAGAAAAACUAAUUCUCCCAAUCCACUCUAAUAACAUAACCAAAAUAAAAAAACCUUUGUGUAAAUCAUUAUAUUGUUAACUAUUCUUUAUAUAUAUCUCAUAAUACAUAAACUUCCAUUAUUUUGUUUAUCUCUAUUUUCCAAACUGAUAUACUCUCAAAUAUACAAGAUUCUGUAUUGUUAUUUAAAAGUUCUUCCUCUUUUAUCAAACCUAGCUAUGUGUUCAAUAAACAUUUGCCUCUUGAUUUCAUUUUGUUGUUUUACCAUACCUAAAGAAAUCAGACAACAGUAGCAUCUUGAUAAACCAACCCAACUUUUCACGCCACCGUCUUUCAGUACUUUCAGUACUUUGA